AUGAAUGAUGUUUCAAAAAGCGAAAAUGGGGAAAAUUCCACGGACAUAUCUCCAAUUGAAAAAGAUGAACAAAUAAAAAAAAUAAGCAAUGAAGUUGAAGAUAAUAAUAUAAAGAAAGAUGAAAUUGAAGAAAGUAGUUUAUUUGCAAACGUAACUUUAUGUUUAAUGGGAAUAUCAUCUGUGCUUUUAUAUAAUUGUGUCUUAAAUACAACACCCCAUAUACAUGCAUUAUUAAAUAAAGAUAUAGUAGUUUCUUUUACAUUUUUUAUAUAUUUUUUAGUUUUAGUUUUAGUUUCAUUAUUUAUUUCUUUAUUUGUAGAAGUUAAAACUCAUAUAUAUGAUGCAUGUUUUAUUUUGUCAUUUAUUUUACAAUUAUUAUAUCCAUUCGUUGUUAAAUAUUUUUAUAAAAAUAUGUUUAUAUUUUAUCUCCUUAUAGUGGUAAUUGGUGCAACAUGCUCUAUGAUGAAAACUAUGAUUUUUUCUUUUGCUACUAUUGCUGUUAAUAGUUCGAAAGUUGUGUGUUUAUCUUAUGGAAUAACGGGGAUAUAUUCUUUCACUGUUACAACAAUUUUUUUUUAUUUUAUAAUACGAAUAGAUAAAGAUAUACAUAAAUUAUUUACCUCAGUAUUUAUUACAUCAUCUAUUAAUUGUACCUUAAUACUUGUUUCUUUUAUUUGCUACACUAUGUUAAAAAAAUCAGAAUCAUUCAAAAAAAAAAUUCAAAUUUAUCACGACCAAAAAAAAAUUAAAAUAUCCCAACAAAUGAUCACACAAUCACGUACUAACCAAAAUAAUACAUCAUCUCCAAACGAUCACGCAAAUUCUUAUUCUAUCAAUGUAAAUGCUGAAACAAAUGGAAAUGCAACUUCAACCGAAAUGAAGAACAUGAACUCAAAAGAAAAUAACAAUAACGACACAACAGAUAUACAAGAAAAUAAUAAAAACAAAAGUAUACGACACAGAUUAAUCUAUUUAAUAAAUACAAAAAAAAAAGAAUAUAUGGAACAAGGAAGUACUCAACUAUUUUUAUUUAAAAAAGCAUCUAUAUUUUUAUUUUGCACUUUUUAUAAUAUAUUUUUAAAAAUUUUAGUUUUCCCAGUUGUUUGUCCAGAAAUGUGGACUACCCAGGUUGAUGAAAGAUAUAUAUUAAUAGGAAUGGUACAAAUAGCAGAUUGUAUAAGUAGAAUAUUUCCUACAUGUGCACGAUAUUAUCCAAAACUUAGAAUAUUUUUAUUACCACAAAAAAAAGUAUUAAUAUAUUCCUUAGCAAGAACAAUUUUAUCAAUACUAUGCCUAAUAGUACCCUUAAACAAAAUAGCCUUUUUUGAUAAUUUUAUUUUUAAAUGUGCCCUUAUCUUUUCAAAUAUAUAUUUAAAUGGAUGGUUUGUUGUUUUAUCAUUUAUUAACAUUUCAGAUGUGUUGAAGCCAUUUAAUUCAAUGCGAAAUAUUGCAACAGUUAGUGCAUUAGGAUCUUCCUUUUUAAGGAUUGGCCUUUUGACUGGUUAUGUUUUUUCUACAAAAUAUAGACGUUAUGUUAAGAGUUUAUAA